UUGUACCUCUUUUCAUGGCCAAGCUUUGAAAAUCGAAACCCUAUUUUUUUCCUCCGCCAUGGCACCCUCUUUUCUCAGCAUCGUCUCCUUGUACGGAAUCUAUCUCCGCCGUAGCCUGACGGCAGCCGGCCUCACUUCAAAAUCCAUCGACAUCGACUACGGCAACACCACCGUCCACUUAUGGUCCCCGAAACCCGACCAAACACCACGAAAACCGGCCUUGUUUUUGCUCCAUGGGUUCGGUCCCAGCGCCAUCUGGCAAUGGCGUCGACAGGUCCAGUUCUUCGCCUCCUACUUCGACGUCUACGUCCCCGACCUGGUCUUCUUCGGCGGUUCCACGACGAAGUCGAAGGAGAGGUCGGAGGUGUUUCAGGCUAUUUCGAUGGCUAAGUUAAUGGAGAAGCUCGGGGUGAAGAAGUAUCACGUCAUGGGGACGAGCUACGGUGGGUUCGUGGCUUACCAUAUGGCGAAACUGUGGCCGGACACGGUGGAGAAAGUGGUGAUCGCCAGCUCCGGUGUCAACAUGCGGAAGGCGGAUAACACGGCGUUGCUCGAGAGAGCUAACGUUGAGAAUAUCGAGGAGAUCAUGCUGCCGGAGACGGCUACUCAGAUAAGGACUUUAAGCCGUUUGGCUGUUUCAUGGCGUUUCAAUAUGAUCCCUAAUUUUUUCUGGAACAACAUCGUCAACCAAUUGUACUCGGAGAACAGACGAGAGAAAUUGGAACUUUUAAAGGGAGUUACCCUUGCGGCCGCCGAUGAGCCAUUCAAGCUAACUCCACUUCAACAGAACGUGCUUAUAGUUUGGGGAGACAGAGACCAGAUUUUCCCAUUGAAAUUGGCUCAUGAACUCCAAGAGCUUCUAGGGAAGAAGACAAGGCUGGAAAUAAUAGAAAACACAGCUCAUGUGCCCCAGAUAGAGGACUCAGCCCAGUUCAACAAAAUUGUCAAAGACUUCCUCUGUGGCUGAUCAUCAACUCCCAUUAUUAUUGUAAAUUUAUUAUGUGAGGUUUUAAGAUUAUAAUUUA